UUUUUACCCGGAAACGCUCCGCUGUGUAGCUCGGCUUGAUAGCAAAAAACAAAGAUUAUUGUAGAGCUACAUUUCUGCACCUCUCUGAAAGGACGGGGUUACUUCAAACACGCCUCAAGCUGGAGUAAUCCGUGUUCAGACUAAGAUUUAAAGGUGUAGCAGAGGCUGUACUGGCUGAAAAUCUGCUCUGUGAAAAUAAUGCUUGGCUUAUAUUGGAACUAGAACUGAAACAGAGUCAUGGAUAAAGACGUGAAGGCAGAUAUUGCCUCUGCAAUGGUUGGAGGGGCAUCUGUUGGAAGUAUGACGGCACAGAACAGAUCUGAAGAUGAGGAGUCAACAGGUGUGAAGGAUAUGAAAAGAACGGCAGCUCAGGCAUUCAGUGGCAGCGGGCUGGUUCCUAAAAGAAGGAGUUCUUCUAGAUCCAUCAAGAGAAAAAAGUUUGAUGAUGAACUGGUUGAGAGCAGCCUGGCUAAAUCCUCGAGCAGGGUAAAGGGACAGCCUGUCAUUGAGCCCAUCAGAUGCCCUGGGACUGAGCCGUCAUCCAAUGAGAAAAAGAAGAUUUCAAAGUCCACCACAUCCUUAACUCCCCCACCUACCAUGGUAAUCGCACCUUCUCCAAUUACCAAAAGAGUGAAGAAGAGCAAGCAGCCACUGCAAAUCACUAAAGACCUUGGUCGCUGGAAACCCACUGAUGAUCUAUUGCUUAUUAAUGCAGUAUUACAGACUACUGACCUCACCUCUGUUCAUCUUGGAGUGAAGUUCAGCUGCCGUUUCACACUUAGAGAGAUUCAGGAGCGGUGGUAUGCUCUGCUGUACGACCCUGUCAUCUCAAAGUUGGCUUGGCAGGCCAUGAGACAGCUCCACCCAGAGGCUAUCGCUGCAAUACAGAGCAAAGCUCUGUUUAGUCAAGCAGAGGAGGCUCUGCUGGCUAAGAUUAGCUCAAACAGUCAGCCAAAACUGGAGGUGUUCCAGGACUUGCUGAACAAGCACCCCAGUGUGUUCUACCCAUCUCGCACAGCUAAGAGCUUGCUGGUGCACUGGCAACUACUCAAACAAUACUACUUACUGGAUGACCAGAGUGUUCAACCCCUUCCCAAAGCAGACCAGGUUCUUAACUUCUCAGAUGCUGAGCAGAUGGUUGAUGACGCCAAGCUAAAAGACAGCAGGGAUGAGGUACUAGAGCAUGAGCUGAUGGUUGCAGACAGGCACCAGAAGAGGGAGAUCAAGCAACUGGAACAAGAGCUCCCUCGUUGGCAGGUCUUGGUGGACAGCAUCACAGGUAUGAACUCCCCAGACUUUGAUAACCAAACUUUGGCAGCAUUAAGAGGGCGCAUGGUCCGAUACCUAAUGAGGUCUAGAGAGAUCACUCUUGGCCGUGCAACCAAGGACAAACAGAUAGAUGUGGAUCUGUCAUUAGAGGGACCGGCAUGGAAAAUUUCCAGACAACAGGGGGUCAUCAAGCUCAAAAACAAUGGUGAUUUCUUCAUUGCAAAUGAAGGUCGAAGACCGAUCUACAUAGACGGCAGACCUGUCCUGUCUGGCAACAAGUGGAAGCUAAACAACAACUCUGUGUUGGAGAUUGCAGGUCUCCGUUUUGUGUUCCUUAUCAACCAGGAGCUGAUUUCUCUUAUCAAAGCAGAGACGGCCAAGAUGAACCAGCAGUGAACUGCACAAUAUAACGACUGCGACUGUAUUUGCUCACUGUGGUGAAGCAAUAAGCUGAAGGACCGCAGCAAUCAAUGAGCAGUCAGCUCAGGACCCAUGCACUGCAUAUCUAGGCAGAGGAGUGGAUGCUGGUCCAGUAGAUUGUGCUGUAGAUAAAUCUGAACACAAAGAGACCAGUUCUAACAGGAACUCAAGAGGGCCUUUGAGUGCUUAGUAGAGGGUUUAAUCCAAUUACAGACUGAAAGCUUCUUACGCAAUGAGAAGCCCCUUCAGAGCCAUUUGAGCAGGUGGGCUUGUGCGAAAGACCCGCUGCUGCGUGAGUUCAUGUACAGCAAACUGAAACUAUUCCUGGAGAUGCACAUAUUGCAGAACCUUGUCCUGGCUUAUGGUAAAUGAAUUAGUUUGGAACUGUAACUGAUCAUUUUCAUUGUUUUAUUUUGAAAUAACUGUGUUGUCCUUUUGAAUAAGUGCAGAAUACUUUUACAGAUGCUAACAAAAAAUCUUUAGACUCUGUUUUUUUUAUUUAUUUAUAAAGGAGCAUGAGAAUAAUGUUGUUAAAGGCAGAUAACAGACACUGAUAAAACGUCAGGAUAGAAGGUAUACCACUGCAUACACAACAACUUCAGAACGACUUGGAGACACCAAAUCAAACACAGUACUAAAAGAAAACGUAUCCAAAAAAAGUUUCAAAGCAAUGUUUAGGAACUGGAUUCCAUUUUAUUCAAAUGAAAAUUUUGAAUAAAAUGGAAGUGCAUAUAUACUGUAUAUGUAGUAUAAUAAAGAAAUUAGUGUUAUGCAUAGAUAACUCUGAAAUGUGAUUUUAAGUACUUGACCAGCGAAGAAGACGUAUUUGGUGUCUGAAGUUUGCUUCUUUCAACCCUGUAGCUAACAGUUAACAUGGCACUGUGCUCAAAAGUAGUGUAUCAAUGUCGAAAAGCCCGUAAGCUACUCUGUCUAUAUAAAUUGACAGAUAUAUGGGCAAAAUUCAGGUUUAAAAGGGAAUUCUAAAGAAAAAUUCUGUUGAACCAAAUCAUUAAGAUGUGAACAAAGUUCGUUCAGAGUGGUUUGGUGUGAAAUGCUUUGUUCUAGAGUCAGAAUUGUUCGCAGUGGUGGUGAUUGGAGCAAGACAUCCACCUCUAAAAGCUCCCUCACAGAAAGUUAUCGCAUGAAAUAUUUAUGAAUACACUGUCUGAUGUCUUUGACAUUGUUUUAUCCUAGUUUUGCUAUCUAAAUUUAAAUUAUCUAAAUCUAAAACGGAUUAUUUAAAGUGCAUUCAUGGCAGAGAGGUAUGUGCAGGGUGUUAUAAGGCAAAAUACUUACCAUUGAAAAUGUUUUUUUCUGAUUAUCCACUAUUUUACCAUCAUCAACAUCAUGUAAAAACUGUCUGUAUUUGUGUUGUGCUCGUAGUGACCCCUGGUUCCUAUCAUCACCACUGUAAAGAAGUCUGAACCAUUUCAUAUCAAACCACUCAAUGAGUUUUUAACAACUGAAUUAAUGGAGUUCACUCUUGAAUAUGUGUCCUACAGUCUGUAGCUAUGCGACAUCCCAUUUUUCUAUUUUAAAAUGAAUGUGUUGCAUGAUGGUAAUUGGUGGGUUGCUUCUAUUACUUGUUAGCUGGGUUAGCCCUGUAGCCCCACUGCAAUAAUAAUCAAGCAGAUUUAGAGCACCAAACAUUUUUGGCUGGUCAACUACAUUUGGUGAGGCAGAAAAUUUGAAUUUUCUAAGAACUGUCGCUCUAUUGGGCCUCAUUCACCAACCAUUCUUAAGAAGAUAUUUCUUUGUAAAACCCACUUGCGCAGUUUUUGCGAAGAUUCUGACGUUCGCCAAUGUUAUCUGGGAUUUGUUCUUACGUAAGAACAGAAUCUACAUACACUGAAGAGCACAAAGGUGAGAACAGCUCUGCAGUUUAAGAACACAUCAUUAAUCUUGGACCUUUCUCAAGAAUAGGUUUAGGAUCAACCUUAGGAGGAUAUUGGUGAAUGAGGCUCAAUGUUGUGUUAAUAUUAGGGCCUAGGGACUUCUCCGAAUACAAAUACUGAUCUGGGAUCAGUUAUUGCUUUUUAUAUGGGCACUGAAUAGGAUUACCUGGAGUGAAGAGGCCUUAUGCUAGAUCAGUAUACUUACAAAUGGGCUUUUGACAUCAUCUUAACUCACCUGUUUCACUCAGACUAGAUAUGUGCUCACAAACUUUGGUCUCCCAUAGACCCCAGUGCUGUAAGUAAAGAAAUACUUUCAGAUUCCUUCAAA